GUAUCCAUUUAUCCCAAAAAAGCUCGAUCCUAUGCUAACGUACACCGCUGCUCACGUUAGCACCCAAACCCUUCACGGGUAAACCCUCCCCCUCUCUCUCUCUCGGUCUCGUUCGCCUCCUAGCUUGCGCUUCUCUGCUCGCACUCUGCGCACUUCCACACGAUUUCUCUCCACCUCCUAAUUUUCCCUCCUGGAAAAUUUUCUCGGAGAAAAUUCUCUCUGUCGGGAAAUCCGAUUGGAUCGCCAUAGAUUCGAAUACGUAACCUGUCCUUGUGCUUAUAAGUGGAUUGGGGAUGGGUAUUCAGCAUAUUGAUAGAGGAGAUCUAUGGAAGAGCUUGUGGUUGCUGAAGCUUCAGCUCCGAGACCGAUUUCGUGUCGCUGUUGACAACCACCGUGAUCGGACAGCGAUGUUCUCGCCGGACGGUUACUUCUCCUCCACCGUUCAGCGAUUGGUGACUCGGUUCCGGGACUUCCGUCGUGACUCUCUUCCGUCUUCCUCCGCUUUUUAUCGCAAACGAGUUUCUAAAGAUUUGGUCGGAGAAGAAGAAUCUGCAGUCUUCCGGAUGCUUCAAGCCGUGGCUGUUCCCCUUAUUGGAAAUGCUUGUCAUGUGUUUAUGAAUGGUCUUAACCGUGUUCAGGUUUAUGGUCUGGAGAAGUUACAUGAUGCUUUGCUUAAUAGACCAAAGGGCAAUUCUCUCCUUACGGUAAGCAAUCAUGUUGCAUCUGUCGAUGAUCCAUUCGUCAUUGCUUCUCUGCUUCCACCUAGAGUUCUCCUCGAUGCCCGUAACCUGAGGUGGACACUUUGUGCUUCGGAUAGAUGCUUCAAAAACCCCGUAACUUCGACUUUCUUUCGCUCUGUCAAAGUCUUGCCAGUUUCUCGCGGUGAAGGAAUUUAUCAGCAGGGAAUGGACAUGGCGGUUUCGAAACUGAAUAGUGGUGGGUGGGUUCACAUAUUUCCUGAAGGCAGCCGCUCCCGUGAUGGCGGAAAAACGUUAGGCUCUGCCAAGAGAGGAGUCGGGAGGUUGAUUCUGGACGCAGAUACUCUCCCUAUGGUUGUUCCAUUUGUGCAUACUGGUAUGCAAGAGAUCAUGCCCAUUGGAGCAAACAUUCCAAGAAUUGGCAAGACAGUAACUGUAGUGAUUGGCGACCCGAUUCACUUUGACGACCUUCUCGGAACGGAAGGAGCCAAACAUGUCUCGAGAAAACAGUUAUACGACGCUGUAUCUUCGAGGGUCGGACAGAGACUGCUCGAGUUGAAGCUACGAGUCGAUAGACUAGCUUUGGAAGAACAAUCCGUGAGAUCCCACGAUGGGAAAACGCCGUCAGACUGUGCUGUUGAGAUCUUUCACCGUGUUGAUUGGGACUCAUUUGGAAUGGGAACUCCUUAUAACGAUGAAUCCAAUGUUCCGGGAUCGGUUGCUUGCACCGAAGAUCAUGUCACCGAUGGUUUGGAUCGUCGGAAUCCGACAAAGGGAUUUUCGUAUGAAGGCGGGAUCGCGUCUCGGAUUAAGAGGUACAUGGACCGAGCCGAGAUCAUGGGUUUUGCAGCGAGGGGGUUGUUUGAGAACGAUUAUAAAACAAAGGGCGAUUCUGAGGAUGUUGGGAAAAUUAGGGCUCUGAGGGUUUGGAAAGAGUAUUUGGAAGCAAAUCUGAUGAAACAGUUGAACACUUUGUAGAUAACAGUAACACUUACUAUAGACAUUUACUUGCCAAGAAGGCUCAUGUCAACGAGAAAGUUGGUUCGGUUUU